AUGGACCGCGUUUGGAACUCAGAUAGGCGGCCCCUAACGGCUAGCUUUCGCACGGACGAAGCCCCUCACAGCUAUAUAGCAGUUACAGACGGUUCCUUAGAGGACCGAGAAACGGCCGCAGCAGCAGCUAGAUUGGCCGCUAUCUUGUGCACUGAACUAGUGCAAGAAGGUGGCGUCAACAAAACUGCGCCGAUGGAAAGCUUCUGCGGAGCCAUGUACCGAUUUAUGUCGACAAAAACAGCCGGCUUGCAACAAACAUUUUCAAUGCUCACGUUCAUCCGUGACCGAUAUUCCCCCUUGAUACCCCGUCGGCAUCAGAAGGUGCUUAAAGAACCAAGUCGCAGCAUCAGUCAGAUUACACAGGGCUCAGUGUGUCCGUCGCCUCCUCAAUGGUUAGCGGCUUUUUUGAGGAAAAUACAGAAUCAAAUCAAUUCAGUUCAGAACGGACUACUUGAAGACGGUAUAAAAGACAAUGCACGUCGCUUUUGUGGACGAAAAGAGAGUCAACGACCAAUUCCAGAACGAGAUCAGGGCGAGCAAAUGACAGCUGGAGAGCAACUACCCGCAUAA